CAUGUAGUUUUCAAUUCUUUAUUGACAUUCCUCAAGCAUUUGUGACACUGUCCAUUUUUUCCAGUAGAUUCUUAACGUAUGAGAGUUAUUUAAACCUUUUACCAAGUACAUCUUUAACCAAGUACAUCGGAUUCUGGUUCUGUUAAUUUCUUUGUUCAAUGACACUGAACUUUGUCUUGCCUUUUCCUCUUAAUUUUGACUGACAACUGAACAUUUUGCAUGCAGGAUAAUAAACUAAGAUAAAUAGCAUUAUGUGUUGGAAUGGGCACAUCUCUUCUGACUGACCUGGGUCUUGUUUGCUGAGAGUGUGGCAAUCAGUGCAGUCAUGGGUUGAGCUGGGUUUGAGUUCUGUAUUUGUCCCCAUCUACCAGCAAAUUAACGUUCUCUCUCUCUUGUGCUGAGGGUGGGGUGUUCAGGGGUUGGAGGGCUUUCCCUGGUGUCGUGAGCCACCCUGAGUUUUAGGCUCUGGCCGUGAGGCUGCAUGUGGACAGUGUGUUGGUCUGCAGGUUUCCCCUAUGCCUGGUAACAGCUGUGACUUGUUCCUCAGUUCCUGCUGGCCUAGUGAUGGAGGGUGAGGCUUUCUUCCCCUUCUCCUGGGUCUUUCUCAGUCUCAGGCACAUCCUUUAGUGCUGUGCCUCAUGUUGGGGACUUCUUAGUGGUCUUUCCACCUCUGCAGCCUGGUGAGAUGGUUCCCUGUCUGAACAGAGUGGUCUCCUGCCUCAAGGACCCUCGAGAAAGAAUGAAAGAAUGUUGUUGUUGUUGUUUUUCCCCCUGCUCUGUUCUCUUUCCUCAGUAAUGAGUCUUCAUCGUCUCUGAGGGAACAGAGUUUGCUGCCCUCCCCCCAGUGGCUCAGGCUUUUGUUCCAAAACGGAGACGGAGCCUGUGCCCAGGGCCUGCCUUCCGCAGCUGCGCGGCUGUGGUGCCUUCACCAAACCUGGACCACGGAGGAGGCUUUCUCUGGUUUUCUACUCUUCCCUGACAUCCUCGCCAGGACCGUUCCAAGUGUGUGGAGAAAAUCCGAGGAACUGGUGGGCCUCUUUUUGCUGUGGCUUCAGCCAUUCUGUGCUUCUAGUAACCCACUGCCCAACGUGAGCCCUUUGUGAAAGCAACUCUCCCAGGCUUGUCUUCCUCCCAGGCUCUGGCCCAGAUGAGUGGAGAAAAACAGCAGUGAUGUGAACGUCUGGGUUCGGUGACUACAGCUCUCCCAACCAUGGAAUGUUUCCAGCUUUCCUCAAAGUAUCCCACCAAUUCUGUCAGUUCUGUGGGAGUGCUGAAACUCAGGUUUGUUCAAAUUCAACAUUAGUGAACAGAUUUUUCUCUUGAGGUUUUAGAAUUAAAUCUGAAAGUCACCUUUGAGAUUAACAAUCUUCACAUUUUUAAAUGGGAACGGGUAACCAGACUUAUGUGAAAGAGUUCAUACUCCUUGGCCUGUCCAGUGACUGGGACACACGGGUCUCCCUCUUUGUCCUCUUCUUGAUCAUAUAUAUGGUGACAGUGCUGGGGAACUUUUUCAUUGUUCUUCUGAUCAGACUGGACAGCCGACUCCACACUCCCAUGUACUUCUUUCUCACCAACCUCUCCCUUGUUGAUGUCUGUUAUGCCACAAGCAUCGUCCCCCAGAUGUUGGUGCAUCUUCUAAUAGAACAUAAAGCAAUCCCAUUUGUGAGCUGUGCAGCCCAGUUAUUUUUCUCCUUGGGCUUGGGUGGGAUUGAGUUUGUUCUACUGGCAGUGAUGGCCUACGACCGCUAUGUGGCUGUGUGCGACCCCCUGCGAUACUCGGUCAUCAUGCAUGGAGGGCUCUGUACCAGGUUGGCCAUCACAUCCUGGGUCAGUGGUUCUCUCAACUCUCUCAUGCAGACCAUCAUCACCUUUCAGCUGCCCAUGUGCACAAACAAGUAUAUUGAUCACAUAUCCUGUGAACUCCUAGCUGUGGUCAGACUGGCCUGUGUGGACAUCUCCUCCAAUGAGAUCGCGAUCAUGGUUUCUAGCAUUGUCUUGCUGAUGACACCCUUCUGCCUGGUCCUCUUGUCCUACAUCCAGAUCAUCUCCACCAUCCUGAAGAUCCAGUCCACAGAGGGAAGAAAGAAAGCCUUCCACACCUGUGCGUCUCACCUCACAGUGGUCGUCUUGUGCUAUGGCAUGGCCAUUUUCACUUACAUCCAGCCCCGCUCCAGCCCCUCUAUUCUUCAGGAGAAGUUGAUCUCUCUCUUCUAUGCCGUUUUGACACCCAUGUUGAACCCUAUGAUUUAUAGUGUAAGGAAUAAGGAGGUGAAGGGGGCCUGGCAGAAACUACUAGGGCAGUUAUCUGGAUUAACGUCAAAACUGGCAACUUGAUGAAUCCUGAGCAUUAGCUAGAGAAAAGAGCUUUGCCUGUGUUUUCUCUCACUUAAUUCAGAUAUGGCAGGCAUCACCUGCAUUGCCCUGGCAACCAGGAAGGAGAUGCUGACACAUGUACUGGUGAUGCUGGGUAGGAGGCUGGAGGUUGGGUUGGGGUGUGGGCUGUGGGUAUAUUUUUAUGUCACAGCAGCAUGUUCAGUGGAGUUAAGCACUGUUGUAAUAGAACUUCCCACACUCAGUCUCCAUUCAUAUGGCCUGAGGGUAAUAAUAAGAAAAACAUUUACUGUUUUGAUUUGUCAUAUUGUUUGUAAUCAUGGGCCUAAUCAUGGAUCUUACUUUGGACCAGUGGUUCUUAUUUAUCCAAAUUUUGUACAAGGUAAUUGUGUUUCUACUGGGAACUAAAACGUUUUCAUAUUUUAGACUCACUUAACAAUAAUGUGUGACGUAUAAAGCCACAUCCAGUAACUGUGAGUCACUGUUCUGAGAAGAGAGAUGCUCUCAAGGCUGUUAAGAUGGCUUUGUGCUGGACCUGCUACAUGUGCUCACAGCAUCUCGUCUGCCUGAUGAAGUUACCUCAGUGGAGGAGCAUCAACUGAACGUCUUGUUUUGCUCCACAAUCACUAUGGAAACAUUAGACAGGGGUGGGGGGUUGCCUGGGUGGCUCAGUUGAUUAAGAACCCCACUGUUGAUUUCAGCUCAGUCAUGACCUCAUGGUUCGUGGGUUCAAGCCCCGCGAAGAGCCAAGAGCCCUUUGCUCUCUUCCAGCAACUUAGCUUGUUUGGGACCACCUAAAGGGUUUUCCAGAUCUUCAUUUUUCAGGAAGAAGAAAUGUUAAGAACGGGCUUCUCAGAUAUGUAGAAACAGAUGAGUAUAGUUUUAUAUUCCAUGUGUUAAGUUUUACUUUUAUCUUUUUCAUUUUAUAGACUUUUUUCCCCUCAAGAUUGUCUUUUCUCAGAAAUUUAAAUUCUCGUUAAUUAAUAUAAGUGAAUGCCUUGAGACAACAGACAUUCCUCAUUAGUAGCUGUUUGUGAAUGGCAUUCUCAGUAUAAGGGAGGAGAGUACUGUUGAUUCAGGGGCAAAAUAAAAUGAUGUUCUAAAAAGGCCAUUAAAUAAAACUUUUUUAAAAAUUUGGAUCCUAAAAAAUAUCUGAGAAUUAAAGUCUUAUUCAUUAUUUAAUAACCAUAAAAACAUCACUGAGGUAUUUUGUAAAAAACAAGCAAAUCCCUAAAUAUGUAUGCAAAUUAUAGUUCAAAAAGAAUCCAAAUAAGAUCCGUACGUGGCCAUUUUCUACUACGUCUCUGAAGACCCGAUUAAUCUAUCGGUUCACCCUACAUUUCCUUUUUUCCCCUUGGAAUUAUUUGUUGAAUGAAACAAUGUUGUUUUUCCCAGGUGGAUUUCAAUGCAGUUUGGAUUUUUUUAAGUGUGGUUUUGCUUGUUCCAUUGACCUUGUAUCUCCUGUUAGAUCUGAAGGCUUGAUCAGAUUUAAAUGUAUUUCGUUUUCUGGCUAGAUUUCUCAGAUGGUGGCAUGUACUUCUGUCAAGAAGGGCACAGUGUUCAGUUUCUCUUUUCUAGGGUUUACUGCAAUUAUUACAUUGCCUAGCUCAGGGUUUCUCAAUAGCAGGGUUUCUUAAUGUCUAUUGACAUUUUGGGCUAGAUGGUUAUUUCUUGUGGGGACGAUUCUGUACAUUGUAGGGUAUUUUUCAAAUUCCUGACCUCUACCCACUAAAUGGCCAUUGUGCCCCCUCCCCACCUACUUCCAGUUUUGACAACAGAAAAAUCUCCAGAUAUUACCAAAUGUCCCCUGGGAUGGCUAAAUCACCCCUAGUAGAAAACUACUCACCUAGCUUCAUUAAUUUAUUAGGGGUUUCAAGGUGGUGGUAUUCUAUCAUCCCUUUCUCUUUAUUAUUUGUAAUACUUAUAGGUAGAGACUUCCUCCUCAUUACUGUUUUAUCUUCCUGAGAUCUAGUUAGUAGAAGAAAGGAAGGCAGGACACAUUUUUUAUUUUUUUCCUUUCUUUACCACUUUUUAAAAAUACAGCAAAAGAGAUGUUUAAAAAAUCAUGAUGAACUCAUCAUUGUAAACUUAUUUGCUGUAUUGUUAUUUGUUGCAAUUAUUAUCCCUAUUGGUGUUCAAAUAGUCCCAUAUUUAUUGAGUGGGAGUCCUUCCUUUUGGUAACAAAUCACAAGUUUUGCAGCUUAAAACAACACAAAAUUAUUAUCUUAGAGUCCUGGAGGUCAGAAGUCUGAAAUGGGCUUCACUAGGCCAAAAUCUAGAUGUCCAGAGGCUGUAUCCUUUCUGGAGGGCUAGAGAAGAAUCUGACUUCUUGCUUGUCCCAUCUUCCUAAGGGAGCUUCCAGUCCUUGGCUGAUGCCCCCUUUUCCCACCCUGAAGGUCGGCACAGCACCUUCAAACCUCUCUCCGACUCUGAUUGUACUUCUAUCCUCACAUGUCUUUCUCCUGACUCUGAGCCUUUCUCCUUGCUCCCAUACAGAUCCUUGUCUGGGAUCACACAGAUUAUCCAGGAUGAUCUCCCCAUUUGAGGAUCCUUAAUAUAAAUGCAUCUACUGUUUCCUUUUAACAUGUAGGGCAGGUUCUGUAUAUGAAUGUGAAUGAAUAACAUUCACAGGUUCAGAAGGACACGGGCAUCUUUAGGGGUCAUUAUUCUGGCUACCAAAGAAUCUAUUCAAAUUGGCUACCUAGUUUUUUCCCCACAUGACACUAGUGUCUUCAACAGCUUCCUUAUUUCUGGUGUGAUACAAUUUCACAGGCCCAUCUUUUACCUUUCUUGCAUUAUAAUUGGAAUUAUUUCUCCAAGAAGCACUGGCUCCUUUUGAUGGGAGGUUUAUGGUUGGUUCUGCUAUAGGCAAGAUGGAUGGUCCGUGAUGAUUGUAAUUGAACUAGUCUUGGCUAAAUAAAAUCCAGUAUGUUUAACCCAUAGAUAGUCAUCGUUGUUGUCACCAUGAGCACUGGUGUGCUUGGGAAAUAAAGCUGACUGACUCCUGA